GGUCAACAUAGAGAUAGUGCCUGUAUUUUGUUCCCUCUCCUGUUUCGAUUAGUCAAUAGUCAAUAUCUAUUCAGUGUAGCGUAUUUCUAGUUUUUUUUUGGUUUUUGUUUGAAAUUUACUACAAACUCAUCUUUUAUAUAACAUAUAUGGGCCGUUGUUCCUGUAAUUUGUGAUUCAAGAUCGUGAGACGUAUCGAUGGCGUUAUUUCGCAAUCAAGAAAUUAAAUAUUAGAUUAAAAGAAACUGUAAAUGACUCGAAGAUCAACAAUGAGCCCACAAACUUAUAAAAAUCACGUUACAACAAAAGCUAUGACAUCUAAUGGUUACAAUAGUACCGAGACUCCAAUUAAGGAGUCCAAAAACCAUUCAUCACCUUGUGAGUUAUUCAAGUCAAUGCCAUGGUUUGGUAUGGAUAUAGGAGGUACAUUGUCUAAAUUAGUGUACUUUGAACCUAAAGAUAUUACAAGAGAUGAAGCAGAUGCAGAAGUUGAAACUUUGAAAAAUAUUCGACGAUAUUUAACAAAAAAUUCAGCAUAUGGGAAAACAGGUCAUAGAGACACACAUUUGCAAAUGGAUAAUGUAUGUAUCAGAGGUAGACGUGGUACAUUACAUUUUAUUAGAUUUCCUACAAGUGAGAUGGGAAAUUUUUUAGCAUUAGCGAGGUCUAAAGGUAUGGCAAAUCUUGUGACAACAGUUUGUGCUACUGGUGGUGGAGCAUAUAAAUUUGAAAAGAAUUUUAAACAAGAAGUAAAUAUGAAUUUAGCAAAAUUUGAUGAAUUAGAUAGUUUAAUACGUGGUAUGCUCUAUAUAGAAACAACAAAUCCACAUGAAUGUUAUUAUUGGUCUUAUCCUACAGAUGAUAGUAAAUGUCAGAAGGUUCCUUAUGAUUUUUCUGAACCUUAUCCCUUUUUGCUUGUAAAUAUAGGAUCAGGAGUGAGCAUAUUAACAGUUUAUGGGCCAGAAAAUUAUAAAAGAAUAUCUGGUACCAGUUUAGGUGGUGGCACAUUUUUGGGAUUAUGUUGUUUGUUAACUGGAUGCAACACUUUUGAAGAGGCAAUAGAAUUAGCAACUGGAGGUGAUAAUACUAAAGUAGAUAAAUUAGUUAAGGAUAUUUAUGGUGGAGAUUAUGGUCCAUUUGGUCUUCCUGGAGAUCUUGUAGCAAGCAGUUUUGGACAGAUGAAUUCUAAAGAUCGACGGAAUGCUGUUAGUAAAGAAGAUCUUGCACGCGCAACACUUGUUACCAUUACAAAUAAUAUUGGUUCUAUCGCGCGUAUGUGUGCUGUGAACGAAAAAAUUGAAAGAGUAGUAUUUGUAGGAAACUUUCUUAGAGUAAAUCCUAUAUCAAUGAAACUUCUGGCCUAUGCUAUGGAUUAUUGGUCUAAAGGAACGAUGAAAGCUUUGUUUUUAGAACAUGAGGGUUAUUUUGGUGCAGUAGGAUGUCUGCUCCAAUUUAAAGGUGAAACAAACUAAUAUUAUAGAAAGACGAAUAAUAUAUAUAUAUAUAUAUGUAUAUAUACAUAUAUAUAUACAUAUAUAUAUACAUAUAUAUAUUAGCAUUCCAUUUGAUAUUCGAAUUCAAUUUUUUCAUGAGGAUAAUUAUGUAAUUAUUUAACGUAAUUAUUUAUUUUUAUUAUCUAAUUUUAAUUUCUCUCAGGAAGUAUUGUAUAUGUUGUAUAUGCAAUUACAAUAUUACACCAAAUUUUAACAAUGAUAUAAACUUAAAGUCAGGAUUGUAUUACCUUCAGAUGUGACUAUAUUUAUUAUAAUUUUAAUCAAUGAGCACAGUAUAAUUAUUUGGAAAUACGUUAAAUGAUUAUUAUGAUAUAUCUAAUGGGCACAACCCUUGCAUGAGUUUGUACAGGAAUUUACAAUGGACCAAAACUCAAAACGCAUAAAACUUACCACAAUAUUCCUUAUAUCAGUAAAAUGAGUCUACCUCAUAUUUUAUUUUCUAAAUAUUUAUAUAAAUGUACGCUCAGAUUCUCAUACAAGGCAUGAUAUUUAUUAUAUGUACGAUUUUUCAAUUGUUCAUAAUUAUCAUAAAAACAAAAAAAUAGAAAAAGAGGGAAAGUAAUUGCAUUAGUAAGUACUUAAUAUUUGUUGUUACUAUUGACUUCGUUAUUUACUUUGAUCUACAAAAAGCAUAAAAUAUACAUGCUUUGUAAUGAUAAUGGCUAAAAUUACUACAAAGUAUAUUGAUUAAUGGCUACAUUUAUAGGUUAUUUACAUGCAUUUUUUAGCUAUUU